GUUUGGUUGAGGCCACAGCUCUUCCAUAUCUGGGAAUUCGACCUGAGGUGCUUAGUAUGGAUGAGAAAGCAGAGUUACUCUUUUUAGAUCAGGGCAUCACAACUGCUGUUGUACUCGGAAUUAUAUAUGCCAUUGCCAGCAAUUUCCAGCCACUCCCUCAAGACUUCUUCAAAUAUGAUUUGAGGGACCCUUUCAGUCUUCAAAAGGGUUGGCUUUUGUGGGCGGGAAUCGGACUUGUAGGUGCCAUAGCUUCCAUUGCAUUGACAGGAGUAGCUGUCUCAUUCUUUAAUGGAGAACCCCCACAAAGAGAGACUGAUGCUCUUGUAAAAUUACUCCCGUUGAUUGGAUCUUCAAAUGUCAGCACUGCAUGCUUGGUGGGCAUCACUGGUGUUCUUGCACCUGUACUUGAGGAGACACUAUUUCGAGGCUUUUUAAUGGCCUCCAUGACUAAGUGGGUUCCUACACCGGUUGCCAUCAUCAUUAGUGCUGCUGUCUUUGCCCUUGCCCAUCUCACUCCUGGGGAAUUUCCGCAGUUGUUUGUUCUAGGGGCUGCUUUGGGGAUUUCAUAUGCUCAAACUCGCAACCUUCUCACUCCCAUCACCAUCCAUGCUUUCUGGAACUCAGGAGUUAUAUUACUUCUUACUUUUUUGCUGCUUCAAGGGUAUGAUAUCAAAGAAUUGUUGCAGACAAGUUGACAGGAACAGUUUCUCUCCUUUUCAUAGAUGUGGAGCAUGUGCAGUACACAGAAUAAUAUAUAUCCAUUUCUUUGUAUAACUAUGCUGUGGAAUACAAGUAAAACUUUCUGGUUUCAAGCAUUGAAGAAGUAGAAAAUGUACGUACUUUUGUACAAGUUUUUUAUUAAGAAGGGUUCGUGUUAUCUUGGAGAUCUCAAGCUCGAAACAUUUGAAUUGAAACGUGCAUGAUAAAUUCCCAACUGUUUAUGAACGCAAGAGGUGCUAGUGGAUAAGCUCAGCUAUAUAUGUAUAUAUUUCCUCAAACUCGAGAAAUUCUGGCUAUACACUAUACACUCACUUUUGCAUA